GUUGUUGGGUAAAUUUGCAGAGCAGACAUUCUCUUCCCUUUCUCUCUCUUUUCUUCUUCUUUCUCAAUUUCCGUUCUCUUUUUCUCUUUGGAUUUCGGCCAAUACUCCAGUGGCUAAAUCUCAGAACCUGACAUUUGGUAUCAGAGCUGCUGAUCCUUGGCUACUGAGAUAUCGUCAUGGCAAAAAAUACUAGAUAUCGAUCACUGGAAGACCAACUUAAGAAACAGGAGAGUAGACCACAAGAAAUAGCAGAGACCGUGACCACAAUUCAGACUUCGGGACAAAACGAGUUGCAGGAAAAACUCCACUACGAAAUGGAGCACAAUAACUCCAGAUUGGAGGCAAUAGUAGGGAAUCUGGAUCAGAAAUUCAGCAAGAUGGAGCAAAAGUUCAACGCACUGUUGAAGGUGAUGAUGAAGGAGAAAGGACUUCAGGACAAUGACGGAGGGCUCCAGAUCCACUGCUACCAACCCCGCCCGCACAUCUGAAACUGAUGACUCCAAAUGAGUUGGCAGGUCACCCACAUGAAACCAAAGAACCUGACAGAUUUCAUGGUUGUGUGGCGCCUUAGAAAGAACACUGAGUUCCAUUUAGACGACUCACCGCGAAGGAAACCUCAAGAAGGCAGACAUCCAUCAGCUGCAAACAACAAUGCUACUGCUUCAUCCGGAAUUGAGCAAACUGAUGCUUCUGAAGGAGCCAUGUUAGGCGACUGCUGGUCAAAGGAAUGUAGUAGCAGCAACAAUUCGCAUUCAACUGAGCAGAUUGAAUCUGGAUUUGAAUGUGAUGAUAAAGUACCCAACGAAUUGUCUCCUUAUGCGUCUUCCAGCCACCAGAAGGAUUGUGACAGCAUUGAAGAAGAUUAUUUUGCUGACAUUAUGAAAGAUGAUAUCAUCCAGCUAGAUGAUUCUGCAAUCUACGCGUCCACAACACCUGCAAACGGUUGCACCAGAACCUGAGUCGCAGAAAAAGUCUAAGCAGCCAGCCGAAGAUACCCCAUCCUGUAGUCUUCCUUUCCAGGGCACAGCAAAUCGAAGGCUCAGAUUGGGAAGGCAAAAACUUGAAGACAAUGAAGCUCAUCCACUUAACAGGUACAGAGUCGACAAAGCUUACCUCCCUCCCAAGCUCGUCAGUCACGCAGAUUUGCAGCAGCCGCCAAAAUUGUUGGUUAGAUUAUUCUCUAACGUGGGGUCUGAGCGUUUAUCCAUAUUCUUCAUCGCUCUCAUAAUCCUGGCUGUGCUCUUCUUGUAUGUGCAAGUUGGAUAGUUCCUGAAAAGCAAUUGCAGCACUUUCUUUGUACAAAGGAGCUCCUGUAAAAUAGUCUGUAUAGAAACUGGGAUGCAUGUACGUACAUGUCCUUCAACUUUAUGGAGGUAAUAGAUAGAUCAAGAAGCUUGCAUUACCAUUAGAAUAGAUUCCUACUAGCGUAUAUUCUCAGCUGUCUAUAUAGACAAAUGUACAGGGCUGUACAGAAUUGUAGUAGAUGUAAAACAGAUAGCUCCUUUCAAAAAAUAUAUCUUUGUUUAUUAAUCCCUUAUUUUCCAUGUGACAAUGACAAUUUUAGGAUUGCCUC